AUGACUUCUUUACAAGAGGCACUCCACUGUCUCCAACCGACAUCGUGGGAUGCAAUCCCACAGUCUCCUGAAGAUCUCCGUGAAUACGUGCGCGAUAUCUUCAAGAAAGGUCGACUUAUAGCUGAAUCACUCCCGGAUCCUCCGCCGUACGAUAGUGAGGCACAUCAUGGCCGGGCGAACUCACCGGCGCGCGUUGUCCCAUCUUCCGCUCGCAUAGCAGAGACUGAUCCAGAGAUCACGUCAAUGCAGAAGGAAUGGGGAAAACCGAUAAAAAUGGGUGGUCCCAAGGAUAAUCCACUUGGUGUGCAUGUCUGGAAACUGUCUGCAAACGAUGGAGGUGGCCAAUGGUUCGGGAGACGGAGCGUGCAUAACGGUCUUCCCUUCGUGCAGUGGAAGAAGAAACUCUCUACAGAAUAUGACGAGACUCUGAAGGUCAACGAGAAGAAGAUUGAGAAGGGCGAAACUCCUGAUAAUAGCAUUCGUGGUAUUGGCGCCGAGCAGAAAGUUGAGUCGAUGGAGGUCAAGGACGAAGAUGGCUCCGUGCUGUGUCAGGUUGCAGUCUACCAUGUUUCAGCUCAAUUUCCCAGACCAACAGCGCCGCGAGACUUUGUGGCUUUGAUCAUCACUUCAGAGAUUGGACUACAAAUUGGCGGAACAAAACAACCUGGGCGGAGCUGGAUGAUGAUCUCCAAGCCAUGCGAUCAUCCCGAUGUGCCCCUUAAACAUGGGUAUACUCGAGGAGAGUAUGAGUCUGUGGAAUUAAUCCGCGAGAUUCCAAAGAAAGGAAGCAGUCAAAGUAGCUCCUCCAGUUCCUGUGGAAAUACUUCGGAAGAAAAGGAGAGCGAAAAUAAAUCCGACGAAGCAUGCAAAGAUGCGGCGGUUGAAGAUCGACACGAUCUAGAAGAUGAGGACGGUGAGCUCAUACCCGUCGAAUGGAUUAUGGUCACUAGAAGCGACCCUGGAGGCAAUAUUCCCCGGUGGAUGGUUGAUAAAGGCACACCCAAGAGUGUCGGCACUGAUGCGGCCAAGUUCGUCAACUGGGCCGUUGGAGAUGACGAACCUCAUAAUCCAGGGAAUCAUUUAAAAAGUAACCCUGGCAAUUCCUCUUCUGAAAAUCCAGGGCCCAAGUCCAAUCCGGAAGAAUCCAAUGAGAGCCUCGAAUUUGAUGAUGGCAAUCAGUCCAGCUCCGAAACAGACUCAACAGAUACGGAUAAAUAUUCUCAUCAUGGGCUCAUCGCUAGUGUGACGGGCUUGCUCAAUACCGGUCUUGAACGGUUUGCGCCUCAAGCUUUUCUCGACUAUAUUCCGCAUCAUAACCAACCACCACACCAUCUUCCACAUGGCGUCAAGGUUACAGCAGAUGAAGCAGAUGGGGCAAAUGACAUAUCGAACUCUUCUAGGGUACCAGGAUCGAACCAUCAUCAGUACGACACUGCCUCACCCACCUCCCACAUACCAGAUCGUAUUUCGCUGUCUUCUACUCGCUCCGAUGGAGCUCUUGCAACAGUGGAGAUGACACAAAACAAUGCCCCGCCAGCGGAGCUGAUUCAAAUGACCAAAACUGGCAAACUCACGACGCACGAGAAAGAACUAGCCAAGCUGGCCCUUCGUAAACGAGAAAUCGAUGCAAAACUCGAAACAAUCCGCUCAGAACUUGAUAUCCUCCACAUGCCUUCGCAGAGCAGCCCCUCAACGCCACUCAAGGGUGUCUACAAUGACUUUGAUAGCGACACCAGCGGCAUGCUAAAACGGUCGGCCGGAAACCGCUCCUCAACUCCGGCCAGCACCGGCACUGGUACAGCCCAUAGCCAGCGAGGCGGCAAUGAUAAUGGUAAUAGCAGCGAUGGCCAGUCUUCCCAGGCACCUCGAACCCAGACACAGACCCCAGAACCACCGGCACACACCCAUAAAGCUGCUUCGCAACUCUUCCAUGAGGAAUCUAAGCUUUUGAAGCAGCUGCGCAAGGUCGAAGGCAGCCAGUUCAAGGUUGCAUCUAAGAUUGAGGCCAGACAGCGGAAAGAGGCCGAGCGGUCAGAGAAGACAAAGUCCAGGUCUGAGGUUGAGACUCUGCGUCUUGAGGUGAAGGAGUUGAAGAAAGAGGUGAUCAAGUUGCGAUCGGAGCGGCAAAAAUGGGUAGAUCUUGUCACUUCAUUGCAGGCGGAGAAUACGAAGCUGGCUUCAAGAGACCAGGAUUGA